AUGUUGUCCCGACUUGCUCGUCAGAAAAAUGCCAUAUUUCAUCUACGAAAGGCCAAUGCUCAUCGAGCAUUGGGCGCAUCUUCAAUUGUGCGUCUACACUCGAACACAGCUCGAUCGAGUCCUAUGUUGAAUCCUUCGAAUACGGCAUCUGAAAGACGCAGGCCUUCUCUUCAGUCGCAUCGCAGCCUUGCCACUGCCGCCGAUCCGUUCGUCCUCGAUCAAACCUCCUACUCCUCUUUCGCCGAUGAGGCCUCUUUAUCCCAGUCCUUGGGUCCGUCUACGAAUCCCGAAGCGCUGUUUUCGAGUAUCAAUUAUGACCCAUCAUCUCUGAUUAUUAUCAACCAACCACCUCAGAGCCAACCGAAGAUCAUUCGCAAAGUUAGAGGAAUCGGAGGCGAUCAGAACGAAAUGAUGUCGAACUUCGAUAUGUCACUCAAAGUUGGCCGAUUCGAUCGUGCCGCAGCUUUAAUUACCCGUUUGAAAUCUGUCUAUGAUGUGGAUUCACCCGAGUUUAUCACUCUGCAUAAUCGCUAUCUGACACAAAUGAUCUCGCAUAUGAUCGUUUCCCGAGAAAAUGACAUGGUUUUGCCCGUCCAAAGAUGGUUUGAGGUAGAUAUGCCCGCCAUCGGGGUGAAACCGGAUGCCAUCACAUAUGCAGCCAUGAUUCGGAUGUCACUCCGUAUGCUCCACGGUCCCAAGCGAGACCGGACAGUGCGUCGAUACUGGGAACUUGCUAAGAAGGAAAACCUACAUGAGGAUCUUUUGGCUGUGGAAGUCCUUACGGACAUGGAUCUGGGUGCAUUGUCCGAGAUUUGCGUUGCCGACCUGGGACAUGUCAAGCUUGACCUAGAAGAUAUCGAAACUCCCGUCGACCUCUCCCCGAAAAUGGAAUCAUUGGCCAUGUUCGCGAAUAAAUAUCAGAUCUCUAUGCCCGCCGAUUUCGAAGGCACCGAUGAACAGCGCAAGGAUUUAUACUCGCAACUCAGACAGCGACAGCUUGAAGCGGAUACAAUUAAGUCAGCCAGAGACCGCUGGCGAACCGAGUAUGAGGGAAUGACAAAGGCUGGAAUUGAUGUGAUGAGCGGUAAAAAGCAAAUCAGUUCUGUGAUGAGCCAGUGGCACGGUGAUCUUGUGCGCAGGAUUCAGAACGAAAUCAAACUGGCUGAAGAGGAAGAAGGCAAGCCUAUCAGAACGCCCGAGCAGGUCAGCCGGUGCGAAUACGCCGUGUACCUCAAGUGUCUUGAUGUUGAUCGUCUUGCUGCGGUUACGAUCAUUGCUACAGUUGCCUCAUUUACUCGGGCCGGAGUCGACAAGGGAGUGAAGCUCUCUGCGGUAGCCUCGACUGUUGGACGUGACAUUCAGGACGAGUUGAUUGCCGAUGCUUUACUUGAAAAGGCUAAUCGCGGCCAAAACCAACGCUCCAAAGUCAUGGAACAGAUUUUCGCUGAUCGAAAGAAGAGAGCCGGUCGGGCUCAAUGGAAGACUAUGUCUGACCAGAUUCAAGUGGAAGACCCGACUUUGUCGUGGAAUUCCCGGGUUCAAGUGAGAAUUGGUGCAGUCUUUACAUGCUUCUUGUUCGACGUUGCAAAGGCUCCUGUUCGGGUGAAGGACGAGACCACGGGGAAGACGAUUCACUCCAUGCAGCCAGCUUUUCAACAUAUUUACCAGGUUGCUUUUGGAAAACGCCUCGGUCUUCUUCAUCUGCAUCCCGAAAUCGUUAAGAUUGUCAAGUCAGAACCCCCAAUCGAUCUUCUCGGCCGUCACCUUCCCAUGGUUUGCGCACCAAAAUCCUGGGUGGGAUCAAAGGAUGGAGGCUACUUGAUCUACCAAAACAGCAUUGUCCGUACCACUCCUGGUGAAAGCCUGCAGCCACUCUAUGUCAAAACUGCCUUGGAGAACGAGGGGCUGAAGGAAAUCAGACGCGGACUUGAUGUUCUUGGUGGUACCGCCUGGGUUAUCAACCGUGACGUGUUUAAUGUCAUGCUUGAAGCCUGGAACUCUGGCGAGGAAGUCGCAAAUCUUGCGCCCCUGGAGCCAAAAAUUCCAGCUCCACCCAAGCCUGACCCUACUGAAGGCUACGAAGCGGAGAAGUUGUGGCAAAGUCAGAUGCGUGACGUGGAAAACCAACGGUCCGGAUUCCAUUCACAGCGAUGCUUCCAAAACUUCCAGAUGGAAGUGGCCCGUUCUUUCCGCAAUGAGACAUUUUACCUUCCUCAUAACUUGGAUUUUCGUGGCCGAGCAUACCCGCUACCUCCUUACCUUAAUCAAAUGGGAGCAGACAACGCCCGAGGUCUGCUACUUUUCAGCCAAGCCAAGCCAUUGGGUGCCACUGGUAUGCGCUGGCUGAAGAUCCACAUUGCCAAUUUGGCAGGGUUCGACAAAGCAAGCAUGGAUGAGCGUGAACAAUUCGCCGUGGACAACCUCGACAAUAUUCUUGAUUCUGCCAACAAUGGUCUUCAUGGUAAGCGGUGGUGGCUGAAGGCUGAAGACCCAUGGCAAUGUCUGGCAGCCUGCUGUGAACUUCGCAACGCUCUUCGUCUUUCGGACCCACUGCAAUACAUGUCCCGCCUCCCAGUCCACCAGGAUGGAUCAUGUAACGGUCUUCAGCACUACGCUGCACUUGGUGGUGACAGUGUAGGUGCUCAGCAGGUCAACUUGGAACCCUCCGACAGACCCUCUGAUGUUUAUACCGGUGUCUCGGAUUAUGUCAAGAAGACUGUGGCUAGAGAAGCCAAACAAGGCCACGAAGUUGCUCAAAUCCUGGACGGAAAGAUCACGCGAAAGAUUGUCAAGCAAACUGUUAUGACAAACGUUUAUGGUGUGACUUUCAUGGGUGCAGUGAGACAGGUUCGCAAGCAACUUGUUGACCACUACCCAGAGUUGACCAAGGAGGAAAAGAGGAGAGGCUCCCUUUACGUUGCAAACAAGAUUUUCGAGGCCCUGGCGACCAUGUUCAACGGCGCUUCCGACAUUCAACACUGGCUCGGUGAUUGUGCUAGCCGCAUCACCCAGUCUAUUUCCCCCGAACAAGUCGACCAAAUCGCCAAGGAAGUGAUGACACCUGAGACAGGAGACGCUGAGACAGGAGGCUCCAAAAGUGUGGAUCCAGCCAAGAGAUUCCGAUCUACCGUUAUUUGGACCACUCCGCUUGGUCUUCCCGUUGUUCAACCUUACCGUACCCGAAAGGCGCGACGUGUUCAUACCACACUGCAAGACAUCAGCGUUGUGGACCAGAGUGCCGAAGACUUGGUUUCACGGCGUAAGCAGCUUCAGGCUUUUCCUCCAAACUUCAUUCAUUCUCUUGAUGCCACCCACAUGAUGCUAUCAGCAAAUGCCUGCGAACGGGCCGGUCUUACAUUCUCUGCUGUCCAUGACUCCUUUUGGACCCAUGCUGGAGAUGUCGAUACCAUGAACCGCAUCCUCCGUGACGCUUUCGUUCACAUGCACUCUGAUGAUGUAAUCGGAAGACUUGCCGCAGAGUUCAAUGUUCGCUAUGGAAAGCACUUGUUCCUCGCCAAGAUGAAGCCCGCGAAUCCAAUUGCAAAGGCUAUUCGGUCCAGUCGCAAGGGUCAGAACAACAAGAGCGCGAAAAUCAUGGAGAUUUUCGCUGAAUCCCGUCGGCAAUCUCUCUUGAGCUCAGAAGACCCCGCCGAGCAAGCAGAGGGUCGCGAGAUGCAGACUGCAGCCAGUAUCUUCGAAUCCAUGGGCGGUUGCGAUGCGGAUCUUGUUAUCGCUAGCAGUCUAGGAGCCGCAGAGGUCGGCUCUAUUCCAGACGACCUAGCCGCAGCUGAACGCAGACCCGAUGCAAACAUUGACUUUGCCGACCCUGCAAUCUCGAGUCUUUUCACUGAAUUGGAUAUGUCUGACGCAAAGAAUGUUUCGGGCGAUAAUGACUUUGUCGAUCCUGAGACAGCUGAACAAGCUCCCAAGAAGCGAAUCGGCCAGGGUACCUACACAUGGGUGUGGUUGCCUCUCCGCUUCCGUCCAGUUCCCGCAAAGGGUACUUGGGAUAUUACUCGCAUUCGCGACAGUAAAUAUUUCUUCUCUUAA